AUGUCUGAAGGCAAUGUGAUCCGUGGCCACAAGGCCAACCUCUCCAAUAAAAGUACCAGUGACGAAUCCAAGGAGAAUUCCUUGAAGUACCUCCAAGAACACGACCCCGAAGAAUACCCUCCUGACGAAGGUUCCGGUCAGCAAAGUCACCCCCGUCAAACCUCAGGCUCGAGUACGGGGAGUGCAUCCCAGAAUGUGGAGAGUGUCACGCACGGCAAGGAUGCCGGAAACGUUAUGAGGGGUUUGAAGGCGACUAUUUCGAACCCCAAUGUCAGCGAGGAGGCCAAAGAGCGUGCUCAUGAGAAGCUGGACGUUCUUGAAGGAGCCGAGUGA